UAGUUUUACCGUCGUACAAAAUAAUUACAAUGGCAUAAAAGACUCAAAGGUUUGACAGAAUAUAUCAGAAUGCCAUUCUCAUCCAUGAUCUGUUCUUUAUUGUGUAUUGUUUUUCUUUAUCCAGUCUCAGUAAGUUAGCUUCCUAAUAGAAGCUUUUUACGUAUAGGCUGCAUCGUCUUUAUUCUUCUAUCUUUACGUGUUAGGCUAAUAUGGCAUAUUCCAUGUUUAUAAUCAUAAAUAAUAGAUGAUUGUACCGAAAGAAAAUGAUAUGUAAUUUAGAACAAAAAAUAUGUUAAUGUUAUACCGUAUGCACAGACAGGAAUCACACCAAAUUCUGAGUCACGACAUUACAUCACGUUUUAAUCGAAUAUAAAAGCAAAACGUGUCACUUUAAACACGAUGGUUUAUCUAGAGCGAAGUUCAAAGUACAUCCGACACAACACUCCAUUCAAAAGAGGCGUGAGACACUCAACAUAUGGUCCUCUGCAUUUGACGUCAUUCUCUCGUUGCCAUGGAGACAGUAUUUCAUCUUCUCCUCGGGAGCUCUUAGUGCAAGCAUUCGACCGGUGGCGUGCAAGUGGUUGGCGUAUUGUAAUGCCUUACCAAGCAUUACCCAUGCACGCAACACCGCUUUGCCUCCCCAUCCAAUUGCUGUGAUACUUUGACCUAUAUCUGAAGAGGCAUUUGGAAAGACACAUCAGCAUGACAGACUAUGUAUUUCAACAAUGGUUUGUAAAACACAUGCAUGUUUCGACUGGCAACUGAGAGUCAAGUAACCUAUACAUGUACAGCUGCUUUCUACGUUAGAUGUAAAUGAGUCUCUCUUUCCACGUGAUGGAAUGCAUAGAUCGGCCAUUAUUGCACGCCGCAAGCUAGAACUGCCAUGUGUUCUCGCUGACUGUACCCGCAGCUGAUAUGAUAUAUCCACACAGAUAACACGUUCCUGCGACUCUAUAGUUAGGGGUAAACAGAGAUGGAAGUGACGUUGACAGCUGUCAAGAACGCCAUGGUGCGGCAGCGAACUCGCACAGAGUCGUCUAGUUUCUCUGAUUAUGAGGUGCCUACUGUCGAACAGGCGGGAUGCCACUUUCAUCGGUUGCCUGAGGAACUUCUUGUACGGAUAUUUAGUUUCCUGCAUCCUGUCAAUGAUGGCCUGCCACUCUUUGCAGGAGUUUGUCGUAAGUGGCGCAAGGUGCUCCUCGAAGCCUCAACCCUCUGGCGAGAACUCAACAUUGAGCCUGAUGACUACCGUCCGAAACAUUACGCAACUCUUUGUACCAUAUUUACCGUCUAUGGUAACCAUGUUCAGAAGUUGACAUGGAUGCCUGGCACACGAGUUUAUGAAUCGGUCUUCCUUCUUAUCCCUAAUCUGGCAUCCUUGACAGUGCUAAGACUGCCCAUCAUUUGGAACCGUGGUGUAGUAGAUACCUUUUCACCUCUCAUCAAUCUUGAAGAACUUCAGAUCAAUGGCGCCUUCGAGCUGAACGACGAAGAUCUGAUUGCAGCAGCUUGUAACUUCCCUGCCCUUCGUGACGUGACCUUGAACGCGUGUUGGUUGAUCACCUACAAGGGCAUUGAAGUGUUCCUUGAGGCUCUUCCGAACCUGAUACGAUGCAAGCUAAAGAUCAAUGCAGGUUUGCCUAUCAGUGAUAUCCGCAGCGAGCAAGCGAUGUUACGUGGUAACCAACUAACCCGACAUCUUGAGGAAGGUGUCAGAGGUGCAGCCAUCACAUCCUUAAGCUUGAGCUUCCUCGCGUUAGAGAUGGAUGAACUCUGGGCUGUUGUCAAUGCGCUACCAAGGCUCAAGAAACUGGUUGUGGCCAAUUGUGAGAGACUACAUGGUGUGCGAAUCCAUUCCUCAUCUCUUCAGAAAAUCAUUUUCUUCAACCUCUGGUCAGCGCUUUUCGUCAGCAUCACUGCACCUUCACUGCGUAUGCUUCAUUUAGAUGAUGGACUUGAAUCAAACGAACAUGUGGAGAUCUUUGCUGGGAAGCUGAAGGUUCUAGAGAUAGACGGUGCUGGAGUUUUGAGGAGUAUCAAUGUACAGAGUAACCGUCUCACCACAUUACAACUUCGUAACUGUGACGUCCUGGACUCUCGUAGCCUCUACAACCUGUUGUCAGAGAAUCCCACUAUAGCUACCCUACUGAUGGGUAAUGUCUCAACACCAGAGUUGCUGCUUGAUUCGCAAAGAUGUCCCAGUAUCCGCAUCGUGUGUCUCUUACAUGGCUUUAGCAGUGAUGUCCUCACGAUCCGGUGUCCAACCCUGCAGUACCUCCAGACGGAAGAUGAGAUGGAACUGUUGUCUUUGAGGCAGCUCAUUGUAGUUGCGGAUCAGCUCAAAGACAUCUGCCUAACAGGGUGCCCCGUUCUUCAUAACAUACUGGUACAAUGUGAAAGUCUGGAUGAACUCGAGUUCAACAUGUGCAGUGAUGAGAGGGUCUUCCUAAGGUCAUGUGUGAUCCAAGCGUCGAGAUUUGUAGGAAAGGUUCGCCUGUUUGAUUGUGCCAUUGCGACCAUGGUCCUGUCAUCUCCAUGUAUAUCUAUCCUCAUCUUGUAUCGAUGUAUGAUUGGAGACUACACACUCAAGUGUAUGCUGAAUGCGUGUCCGAACAUAACGCAUCUCAGCUUGGAGAAGUGUCGAAACACCAAGGCAGUGUCAGUACCUAAGCACGCACCCCUCCUCAGGUAUCUGAACCUCUUCGGGUGUUCCCAGCUUCAACACGUGUCAAUAAACAGCGACUGUGUAUUGCGAGUGAAUCUGGGUCAGUGCCUCGUGUCUCGUGUCAUGUAUCAGGGACAGGAGCUGGAUCUUUCAGAGGAGCAGCUGGCCUUUCAAGAUUCUGGACUAAACUUUGUCUUACCACAUCAGAAUGUAAGAUGGAGCCAUGAUGCUGAACCACUCGUCUUUAUAGAGUCAUUAUGAUCUAUCAUCCCAACGAAUGUACAAGACUAUAGGCAAUAAUGGGUUCCAUUUCUCUUGACGUUCAUUUCGUUUGUCCAUUACGACAGCGGUGCAUACUAGGCGUCACUUGCUGAGUGAUGUAGGACUCUAUAGUGCUCUUCGUCUUGUCUUGCAAGGUAUCACUCUACUCAAAGUGGAUUUUAAGAAAUGAACAGUGCCAACAUUCAUUUCAAUUACUUGACUGUGUAUGUUCCCAAUUCAAUAACCUUCGCGUGCUCGAUUAGCACAGGCAAUGAUGCAUUGAGAUCAUUUAUGUUUUAAUUUUCCACCGUUAUUCGUAAGGACUGGUUAGUAAUUUGCAUGUACAAGGCGUCAGAAAUAAGGUUACGUUGAUGUAAUUACGACUGCCGUAGUACCUUGAUUACAUGACCGUUCCAAUGGGCCCGAUGCAUACGAGGUGUCACUGACGCAAGACUCCGUCAGUAAAUGAUGCGGUCUAUGCCACACCCCGUUAGGGUAACAUCGUACAAGAGGUGAAUAAACAAUAAACAGAGCGAACAUGUUUUGUAUUACAGGUGUAUGUACCAAGUUUUCUUCUUAUGCUCUAUAUAAGCGCAGGUAAUAACGCAAUGGAAAUGACGCUUCGUUAGAGACAGAUCUGUACGUUAUAUAUAUAUCAAAAUGACAUCAAAAUUAUAAGGAAACUUGUGACUCCAUACUCCCUCCAUUUACAGGAAUGGAAAUUUAAGCUUAAAAUAGUAUUACAGUAAAUAGUAAUGGAAUAUUAGUAAUAGUAAUAAUGAUAAUUAUAAUGAUAAUAAUAACAAUAACAGUAAUAAUAAAUUGUCUCGUUUACCCAGAGUAGCCUCUUCAGUGUUCAUACUGUUCUCCUCGCGGGCCCUGUAAUCAUCGUUACUUCAGCUUUAUAGCCGAGCCGGAUCAGGCGCUCAAUCAUUCAAAGAAUGUUUUCCUACUGUGUACCCAUUCACUACACCUGGGUGGAGAGUGGCAAAUGUAGAUUAAAUUGUUGAGAUAUUUACCGUGCAAAUCCCUGCAACGCCCUUUAUUGUACACUAUAACAUGCCAGUUGUAAUAUAUAGUGCCAGCAAUAGUUACGUACUGUUCAUUGUGUCGCAAAGAUUGGACCAAACCAUUAUUACAUAUCUUUUAAGUUUAUUGUAAUAUAUUAAGGUCUAAUUAAAUUCAAAUAUAUCAGGGCACAUUCUUAUAUGAAAUGAGGUACUUGAACUGAAUUAAUCGCAAGAUCCAUUGAUUUGUGGUCAUUUGGGACUGACUUGGAUCAGUUGCCUCUUUAUAGUAGUUCAGAUAGAUCGGUUUGAGUUGUAUAAAUUAAACCAAUUAAAAUUUAAUCAGAUAAAAUAAAACUUUAAAGAUAUGUUUGAUUUGAAAUUAAAUUGUACAAGCUAUAUUUUGUAUUGAUUUUGAUUCAUUACAGGUAAGAGUUAAACUAAUUCGUUAAACGUAUGUCACAUAAUAAAAUUCAAUUGAACUGUAACUUAAUUAAAUUGUUAAUAGUCUUUUUGAAAAUGAGAUUAUGUAGUUUGUGCCAUAAAUGAAUAACUUUCCAAAAUUUUCCAUUGGAAAUAUUUUUUUGUUUAAUUUUAUUUUUAUAGAGUAGUUCUAUAUUUUUAAAAAAUUUAAAU